ACAGGUGAAAAGCCGUUUUCAUGUGUGAGCUGUGGAAAAGGUUUUAGUCAAAAACAGAAUUUAACUCAGCACAUGAUGAUUCACACUGGUGAAAAGCCGUUUUCAUGUGUGACCUGUGGAAAAGGUUUUAGUCACAAACAGGUUUUAACUCAGCACAUGAUGAUUCACACAGGUGAAAAGCCGUUUUCAUGUGUGAGCUGUGGAAAAGGUUUUAGUCAAAAACAGGUUUUAACUCAGCACAUGAUGAUUCACACAGGUGAAAAGCCGUUUUCAUGUGUGAACUGUGGAAAAGGUUUUAGUCAAAAACAGAAUUUAACUCAGCACAUGAUGAUUCACACUGGUGAAAAGCCGUUUUCAUGUGUGAAAUGUGGAAAAAGUUUUAGUCACAAACAGGUUUUAACUAAGCACAUGAUGAUUCACACUGGUGAAAAGCCGUUUUCAUGUGUGAACUGUGGAAAAUGUUUUAGUCGAAAACAGCAUUUGACUCAGCACAUGAUGAUUCACACUGGUGAAAAACCAUUUUCAUGUGUGAACUGUGGAAAAAGUUUUGGUCAAAAACAGCAUUUAACUCAGCACAUGAUGACUCACACAGGUGAAAAACCAUUUUCAUGUGUGACCUGUGGAGAAAGUUUUCGUCACAAGGUGAGUUUAAUUCACCACUUGAGAACUCAUACGGGUGAAAAGCCGUUUUCAUGUGUGAACUGUGGAAAAUGUUUUAGUCAAAAACAGCAUUUAACUCAGCACAUGAUGAUUCACAUUGGUGAAAAGCCGUUUUCAUGUGUGAACUGUGGAAAACGCUUUAGUCACAAACAGGUUUUAACUCUGCACAUGAUGACUCACACUGGUGAAAAGCCGUUUUCAUGUGUGAACUGUGGAAAAAGUUUUAGUCAAAAACAGCAUUUAACUCGGCACAUGAUGAUUCACACUGGUGAAAAGCCGUUUUCAUGUGUGAACUGUGGAAAAGGUUUUAGUCGAAAACAGCUUUUGACUCAGCACAUGAUGAUUCACACAAGUGAAAAGCCAUUUUCAUGUGUGAACUGUGGAAAAAGUUUUAGUAAAAAAUGUAAUUUAACUCAGCACAUGAUGAUUCACACAGGUGAAAAGCCGUUUUCAUGUGUGAACUGUGGAAAAAGUUUUAGUCAAAAAGCUAAUUUAACUCAGCACAUGAUGAUUCACACAAGUGAAAAGCCGUUUUCAUGUGUGAACUGUGGAAAAGGUUUUCGUCACAAACAGGUUUUAACUCGGCACAUGAUGAUUCACACUGGUGAAAAGCCAUUUUCAUGUGUGAAUUGUGGAAAAGGUUUUAGUCACAAACAGCAUUUGACUCUGCACAUGAUGAUUCACACUGGUGAAAAGCCGUUUUCAUGUGUGAACUGUGGAAAAAGUUUUAGUCAAAAACUUAGUUUAACUCAGCACAUGAUGAUUCACACUGGUGAAAAGCCGUUUUCAUGUGUGAACUGUGGAAAAAGUUUUAGUCAAAAACUUAAUUUAACUCAGCACAUGAUGAUUCACACUGGUGAAAAACCAUUUUCAUGUGUGAAUUGUGGAAAAGGUUUUAGUCAAAAACAGAAUUUAACUCUGCACAUGAUGUUUCACACUGGUGAAAAGCCGUUUUCAUGUGUGAAAUGUGGAAAAGGUUUUAGUCGAAAACUUAGUUUAACUCAGCACAUGAGGAUUCACACAGUUGAAAAGCCUUUUUCAUGUGCGAUCUGUGGAAAGUGCUUUAAUCGAAAACAGCAUUUAAUUCAGCACAUGAUGUUUCACACUGGUGAAAAGCCGUUUUCAUGUGUGACCUGUGGAAAAAGUUUUAGUCAAAAACUUAGUUUAACUCAGCACAUGAUGAUUCACACUGGUGAAAAACCAUUUUCAUGUGCGAUCUGUGGAAAGUGCUUUAAUCGAAAACAGCAUUUAACUCGGCACAUGAUGAUUCACACUGGUGAAAAACCAUUUUCAUGUGUGACCUGUGGAGAAAGUUUUCGUCACAAGGUGAGUUUAAUUCACCACUUGAGGCGUCACACAGGUGAAAAGCAGUAGAAGUAUUUUCCAUACAUGUCCUAUGUUGAGGUUCACUAUAGAACUGAUUUGGUUUAAAACUGGAAUGAAAGACUGGAGGGGUUUCAUGUCUAUAAAGCUGAAAAUCGUUGUAUUUGUUAAUGUGAUCAUUUGGAUUCUUGGAGAUGUGCAACCAUGACACAUUUUCCUUCA